AUGACAACGCAGGCUCAAGAAUAUUUCGAGAACAAAGAGGCAGUGCAAGCGUUGCAGAGUGAGUUGCUGGGGCGCUGCGUGGACGAGCUAGAAGGAGAGCUGAGUGAAACGGAGAUGGAGAUGGAGAUGGACGACGUACGCGAGAGAUCAGCGACGUUCCUACGCGAUAAGGGCUCUAUCUUCAGAUUCCUCAAGAAAGCGCACUACGAUGGGGAUGCCGCGUACAAGGCCAUCAAGGAGCAUCUGCGUAUACGUCUCCAGUCCAAUCUUGAUCGUCUCGAAUUGCCGUCGCUGCUGAGCCUUAUAUCGGGUGGUGUGGUUGGUGAGGGAGACCGGGAGAGCGCGGAGGACGAACAAUUAGACGCGUCACCCCCGCCAGUAGCAUAUUUCUUAAAGGACGCAACAGACAGGCUCGGAAGACUUGUGCUUGUCGUCACCCUCUCGCAAGUUGUACCCAGGCAGACAUAUGGCACACACGACGACGACGCGUUCGACGAAAUCAAGGAGAGCGUGCUGUACAUAUGGGAAGUGGGGCGAAGGUUGAUGCAGGCGCAAAAUGGGCGGGGAAGGGAGAACGAAAGAGAGCCAUGUGUGGAAUUCCUGACGGUGGUCGAUGCCACACACGCGAGCAUGGCGAAUAUACACUACGACAUAGUCAGAUUCUUCGCCGAUAUUAUUUCCGUGCACUUCCCGAAUACGAGCAAACAGAUCGUCAUAGUGAAUAGCAAACUCUGGACUAAUGCGCUGUGGAGAAUGGCAAAACCACUGCUGCCGAGGAAGAUUGUCGAUAGGAUUUCGUUCGUGGGGAGGGACAGGAUGGGGGAACUGCUCGAGAUGGACAGUCUGCCGACUUACCUCGGCGGCGAGAGAAGACACGACAGAAUAUCCGACUACGCGACCACAUCUGCGCCGGCAGAGGUGCAUUUUACGGCGGCUAAGAGGAGCACGUCGAGUAGCACACCGUGGUAUACCCCCAAGCAGACCCCAGACAGCUCAUAUACCAACCUCAGUGUGAUGAACCACACACAGAGUUUCCAGCUGCAGAUAAAGCGGGGUAGGAGAAUGAACGACAAUAGCAGCCAGCCUUUCGUUCCCAGCGACCUAACCAGCUACAGCGAGCAGAUCAGCGCGUGGCAUAAAGAGAGAAUGGGAGUGGGUGUGAAGAGUGAGAGCGAGACGCCGUCGCGGUCACUGCAUUCAAGCGCAAUCGCAAGUGCAGUGAGUACGCCCAGAAACACAUUAGAUCGGUACAGCUACCUCAAUCCGCGGUAUGGGAACCAUCUAUUCUAUAAGCAGACGCACGGGGAAGCUGAGCGUGCAGUCCAAACCGCGCAUGUGGGAUCUGGUGGUGACGCUGCUGCAUCUGGCGCUGAAGAGGUACGGGAAGAGGAUCAAGUUGGUGCUGAUGGUUGCAGGCGUGCUGUUGCGCCAUAA